CACAGUCCACACAGGGGCCUGCACUCCCAGGGCCUGGCCUGGAGGAAGGGCCUGGAUGUGGGGGCGCUCAGCCCAGCACCGAGGUGUCCGUUUUCCAGUCCCUUCCGGACCAAGUCGUCCUGUCAGGAGAGGCAAGCCCCUCGGCCUCCCAGCCUCUUCCUUCUGGCCAGCCCCGCCCAGCAGCUCCUGGGGUUGGUUAAACCCCCUACAAGGGCAUUUGAAGGGAGCCCUCUCCUGCCUAUCCUUGGGGGGGCGGGAGCAGAGGCCUUGGGGCUGGCCCUACCCGGCACAGCCUGGUCCCGUCACCUCGGUGGAAUGUCACCUGUGGAGCAGAGCAUGUUGAGCAAUUGGCUGACCGCUGAGGAGGCACCUCUCUGGAGCCCCCAUCCCGUGCCCACUCACCCCCAGCCCCGGCUUCUGAGGCCCGUUCGGGGAAGGCUGCGGUGAGGACCUCCCUUGGCCAGCGGGGAAGGGCCGGGCUGGCCACCAUGGCGACGCUCUUCCCCCACUCGCAGCGGCGCCCCCCGCUCUUGCGACAGGCCAUCAAGAUAAGGCGCCGCAAGGUCAGAGAUCUGCAGGAUCCCCUGCCCCCGAGGGCUCAGGAGGUUGAGACUCCAUCCCACCACUUCUCCUCUGAGGAGCGGGCCCUGCUCUACGAGGAAGCUCUCUACACUGUCCUGUACCGCCUGGGUCAGCCCGAGCCCAACCAUGUGGGGGAGUCCUCUGAGCUGCUGCGAUACCUGCAGGAGGCCUUCCACAUGGAGCCCGAGGAGCACCUGCAGAUGCUGCGGCAGGUCCAGGAGCUCGAGAAGCCAGUAUUUUGUCUGAAAGCGACGGUGAAACAAGCCAAAGGCAUUCUGGGCAAGGAUGUCAGUGGGUUCAGUGACCCCUACUGCCUGCUGGGCAUCAUCGAGCAGGGGGCAGCCGUGCCAGGGGGCAGCCCCGGGCCCCGGCGUCGGCAGAAGGCCGUGGUGAGACACACCAUCCCGGAGGAGCAGACCCACCGCACCCAAGUCAUAACCCAGACGCUCAACCCCGUCUGGGACGAGACCUUCAUCCUAGAGUUUGGGGACAUAAACAACGCCAGCUUCCAUCUGGACAUGUGGGACCUGGACACCGUGGAGUCUGUCAGACAGAAGCUCGGGGAGCUCACGGAUCUGCACGGGCUUCGUAGGAUCUUUAAGGAGGCCCGGAAGGACAAAGGCCAGGACGACUUUCUGGGGAACGUGGUGCUGAGACUGCAGGACCUGCACUGCCGGGAGGACCAGUGGUACCCUCUGGAGCCCUGCACAGAGACCUACCCAGACCGCGGUCAGUGCCACCUCCAGUUCCAGUUCAUUCACAAGCGGAGAGCCACCGUGGCCAGCCGCUCCCAGCCCAGCUACACCGUGCACCUCCACCUGCUGCAGCAGCUCGUGUCCCACGAGGUCACCCAGCACCAGGCAGGCAGUACCUCCUGGGAUGGGUCGCUGAGUGCCCACGCUGCCACCAUCCUCUUCCUCCACGCCACGCAGAAGGACCUAUCCGACUUCCACCGGUCCCUGGCGCAGUGGCUGGCCUACAGUCGCCUCUACCAGAGCCUGGAGUUCCCCAGCAGCUGCCUCCUGUACCCUAUCACCAGCAUCGAGUACCAGUGGAUCCAGGGCCGGCUCAAGGCAGAGCAGCUGGAGGAGCUGGCCACCUCGUUCAACUCCCUGCUGGCCUACGGCCUCUCCCUCAUCCGGAGGUUCCGGUCUGUCUUCCCCCUCUCCGUCUCCGACUCCCCAGCUCGGCUGCAGUCUCUCCUCAGGGUCCUGGUACAGAUGUGCAAGAUGAAGGCCUUUGGAGAACUGUGCCCCGACAGCCGCCCCCUGCCCCAGCUGGUGACCGAGGCACUGCGAACUGGCACCGUUGAAUGGUUCCACCUCAAGCAGCAGCACCAUCAGCCCAUGGUGCAGGGCUUGCUGGAGGCGGCCAAGGCCUUACUGAGCCUGGUACAGGACAUCACUGGCGACCUGCACCAGUGCCAGCGCACAUGGAACAAGAUCUUCCACAACGUCCUCAAGACCGACCUCUUCUCCGUGGCUUUCCAGGAGCUGCAGUGGCUGGUGGCCAAGAGAGUGCAGGACCACACGGCGGCGGUGGGCGACGCCGUGACCCCGGAGAUUGGCGAGAGUCUGUUCCAGCUCUACGUCAGCCUCAAGGACCUCUGCCGGCUGGGCCCGGUCCCCUCGGAGAGGGAUGGAGUCCUGGCCUUGGACGGCUUCCACCGCUGGUUCCAGCCGGCCAUCCCCUCCUGGCUCCAGAAGACGUACAGUGUGGCCCUGGCGCGUGUGCAGCGCGCUGUGCAGAUGGACGAGCUGGUGCCCCUGGGUGAACUGACCAAGCAUAGCACGUCGGCUGUGGAUCUGUCCACCUGCUUUGCCCAGAUCAGCCACACCGCCCGGCAGCUGGACUGGCCUGACCCGGAGGAGGCCUUCAUGAUCACUGUCAAGUUCGUGGAGGACACCUGCCGUCUAGCCCUCGUGUACUGCAGCCUUAUAAAGGCCCGGGCCCGUGAGCUCUCUGCAGGCCAGAAGGACCAAGGCCAGGCAGCCAACAUGCUGUGUGUGGUGGUGAACAACAUGGAGCAGCUGCGGCUGGUGAUCGGCAAGCUGCCCACCCAGCUGGCCUGGGAAGCGCUGGAGCAGCGGGUAGGGGCUGUGCUGGAGCAGGGGCAGCUGCAGAACACGCUGCAUGCCCAGCUGCAGAGCGCUCUGGCUGGGCUGGGCCAUGAGAUUCGAACUGGCGUCCGCACCUUAGCCGAACAGCUCGAGGUGGGCAUUGCCAAGCACAUCCAGAAACUUGUGGGCAUCAAGGAGUCUGUCCUGCCUGAGGAUGCUAUUCUGCCCCUGAUGAAGUUCCUGGAGGUGAAGCUCUGCUACAUGAACACCAACUUGGUGCAGGAGAACUUCAGCAGCCUUCUGACCCUGCUCUGGACGCACACACUCACGGUGCUGGCGGAGGUGGCGGCCUCCCAGCGGAGCUGUCCCCUGGCCUCCAGCAGGCUGAAGAUUGCACUACAGAACCUGGAGAUCUGCUUCUACGCCGAGGGCUGCGGUCUGCCGCCUGAGGCCCUGCACACGGCCACCUUCCAGACGCUGCAGAGGGACCUGGAGCUGCAGGCAGCCUCCAGCCGGGAGCUCAUCGAGAGGUACUUCUGCAGCCGCAUCCAGCAGCAGGCGGAAACCGCCUCCGAGGAGCUCGGGGCCGUCACGGUCAAGGCUUCCUACCGCGCCUCUGAGCAGAAGCUGCGCGUGGAGCUGCUCAGCGCCUCCAGCCUGUUGCCCUUGGACUCCAAUGGCUCCAGCGACCCCUUUGUCCAGCUGACCUUGGAGCCCAGGCACGUGUUCCCUGAGCUGGCCCCUCGGGAGACCCAAAAGCACAAGAAGGACCUCCACCCACUGUUUGAUGAGACCUUUGAAUUCCUGGUGCCUGCCGAGCCCUGCCGCAAGGACGGGGCGUGCCUCCUGCUCACAGUGCUGGACCACGACACGCUGGGGGCUGACGACCUGGAAGGGGAGGCCUUCCUGCCACUGCACUCCGUGCCGGGCCUGACGGGGACCGAGGAGCCUGGCGAGGUGCCUCAGACCCGCCUGCCCCUCACCUACCCCGCACCCAACGGGGACCCAGUCCUGCAGCUGCUGGAGAGCCGGAAGGGUGAUCGCGAGGCCCAGGGGUUUGUGCGGCUGCGGCGGCAGCGAGCCAAGCAGGCCUCCCAGCACGCCCCGCCACCAGGGCGGUAGCGGUGGAGGUCGGGUCCCCCCCCAUCACAGUGCAGCGCUCCCGCCCGGCCUAACACUGCGGAGGGGCGUCCCAGCACGCAGGGCUCCUGCGGCCCGAGCCAGGGCCCACGGUGAUGGGGGCCCCACUGGCAGUGCUUGUACUCCCCUCCGUCCUCCCUGCGGCCCCUAGGGAGGGGAGGUGGCUAUCUGCAUCCCUUGCCCCUGCUCCCCUCUUAGGGAAAAGGAAGGCCCGCUCCAGCCACUGGGGUGGAGGGCCCCGUUCCUUGAGGCUGCUCUUCAGCAGCCAUGAUGAAAGGAGCCUGGGUCCUCUCCUGAGGGGGCUGCCAGCACUCAGGCUGAGAAGCCAAGGACCUUCUCUGGCUCCGAAGGGAUGAGAACUGGCAGGCAGUGGGGCUGGCACAGCGGGACAAAAACAGAAGGGACAGUUUGGCUGUGUCUGCUAAGGACAUGUCCUCCAGGGGACUACCUGCCACCUAGAAACUUUCUUAGCAAAAAUAAAGAAAUGAACAACCA